AGGAAGGUUUGUAUUUCAGCUGUCUCCAGAUCAGACUCACUACAUCAUAACAACAUGAAUAAAAGAACAACUGUGAUGUACAUUGAAAUCGGCUGUUUUAUAGUCUGUGUCAGCGGAUGGAUCUUGGUUUGUUCCACAAUGCCAACUGAAUACUGGACUUACUCAGAAGUGAAGAGUUUGGUUCUCACGUCGUCACAUUAUUUCUCUAAUCUCUGGAAAGACUGUCUCUCAGACUCUACAGGCGUGUCAGACUGUAAAGAGUUUCCAUCUAUGCUGGCUUUGCAAACAUACAUUCACCUGUGUCGAUCUCUCAUCAUUAUCUGUAUAAUUUUGGGAUUUUUUGGAGCUGUUCUUGCUCUGGUCGGGAUGAAAUGCACAAAACUUGGAGGAUCUGUUAGUUUAAAUGCCAAAAUCACCCUCUCUGCAGGAAUCAACUACUUAGUAUCAGGUCUCUCUGCUAUGUUUGCUUACAGCUGGUAUGGAAACAAAGUUAUAUCCGAGUUUAUGGACCCCAAUUACAAAGCAAAAAAGUUUGAACUUGGAGCGGCUCUGUUUGUAGGAUGGGGCGGAUCGGCUCUCCUCGUCACUGGAGGACUUGUCUACAUCAUCUCUGCAUGGAAUGAAGCCUGCCAAUCCAGUUCGCCACAAGAUACGUCAUAUUAUUAUCAUUCUUCUGAACGAACCCAAACACCAUACAUGACUGGUUCACCUUCACCUGGACCUCUGAAAGAAGAUGACAAACUCACGGCAUUGAAAGGAAAAGCAUUCCACAGCAUGGCUGCAUAUGUUUAAUACUUCAUCUGUCAAAGUAUAAUGUCAUUAGUAAGUUUUCAUCAAAUUUUUACAAUAACACAUUUUAGACACAAUAUUAUUGUGUGACAGUCUACACUGAGUGUUAUGAAAUUAUCCAAUAAUAAAGAUCCUGAUCAUUGUGUUUUUCAAACUUUCUUCGGACAAUGUUGAAUCUGUGUUUAGUUUUUUAAGUGUUUGUGUAAAUGAAUAAAUAUCAUUUAUAUUAAUGUGUAUGUGUGUGUGUUUCUUUGGGCUAGAGUUGCUCAUGUCAGUUCUUGUCUUAUAGACAAACGACAAACACGUCUGACUAACAUUUGUACUUUUCAGUUCUUUUACAGUUGUGAUGGCGGUCAUGGCCUAAUAAUGGGUAGAGAGUUGGGCUUUUAACUCAAAGCGUUUAAUGAAGAGGUCACAUACUUAAAGUCGCCAUGAAACAGAAGUAGCGAUUGUCUUGUUUUUCCUGUGGUGACGUAUAUCGGCUUUUGAAAUGAAAUAAGGCAAGGCUGGACUUGAAUUCGUCCAUUGAGAUCUGACCAUAUCACCGGAAGUAAAGAGAGAUCGUUUCGAUGAG